AUGGUUGUCUCACAAAUUGCCGCCGCAGUUCCCUACGCGUGGCCCUUCGACGCGUCCUUUUCGCAGGAAACGACAGCAUUGGUCAUUAUAGACAUGCAGAAUGACUUCUGCACCGAUGGUGGUUACAUCACCCACCAGGGUCAUGAUAUAUCCGGAGCGCGAGCAAUCAUUCCCGCAAUCCAGGCUGUGCUCCACGCGUUCCGAAAGGACGGAUGGCAAGUGUACCACACCCGAGAAGGACAUCGCGCGGACCUAUCCACGCUCCCCCCUCGAGAGGCUUUCCGGUCUCGCAACAACCCUUCAGGCCAAGGCAUAGGCGCGCCCAGCCCCCUCGGAGGACGACUUCUCAUUCGGGGAGGCAAGGGACACGACAUCAUCCCUGAACUCUAUCCAAUUGAGGGCGAGCCGAUAGUGGACAAGCCCGGCAAAGGAGCGUUUGCACACACGGAUUUCGAGCUCUUGCUGCGCAACAGAGGGAUCAGGAACCUCCUGAUUGCGGGCGUCACGACCGACGUGUGCGUGAGCACAACGGUGCGCGAGGCCAGCGACAGAGGAUUCGACUGCGCCGUGCUCAAAGAUGCAUGCGCCAGCGUGGAUGCGGCGCUGCACGAGGCGACGCUGAGCAGCAUUGCCGGCGAAGGAGGGAUCUUCGGGACUGUGUUGACGGUUGGAAACGUGCUCGAGGCAAUGGCCCAGGCUGGCGCUCGCUAA